UAUUGUCGUAGGUUCCCAGCGCAGCGCCGCCAAUUCAUUCAACUUUAAAUAUACUUCAUGUAAUAUAUCAGUAUUGUGAUUGACGUAAUUCAUGUUAAAUCGUAAAUAAGUCUUUGUAUGUGUAAAUUGAUACGUCACAGUGACACAUUGUAAUUUGGUAGGGUAAUCAAAUAGCUAGGGAGUGAUUGAAUGUCAUUGUUGCUGUCAGAUCGUAGCGAGACAAUCGGAAUGUUUAACAGUCUAAAACUCACGUUGUAAAUAGUAUACUUUCACAUAUUACAAUCAAUACAAUUAUAAAAUACAGUCCCUUGAGCGUUUACUGAAUGAACCAGACGGUGGAAUCACAAGUUCCGCAACACAGUGGUCCGAUCGAGCCGGAUUGUUAAUAUUGUGAAGAAAGGACGCGCAAAUAGUCAACAUUUGCGUCGCGGUCGAGAAUAGAGUUGCGUGAGGUUUCGAGACUUGAAUCGUCAGAUGGAAGAUCUAGUCAAGAAGAAACGAGUGAGAGGAGGCCACAGAUCGUCAGCUAAAAAGCUUGUGGCGAAGAUAGUUGAAAGGCUUCAAAGUGAGAGCCCAGACAAAGACAUACUAUGGUUGCGACAGAGCCAAACGAACUUGAAAGAAAAAAUCAAGACGAUAAGACAAUUCGACGAACAAAUAAUCGACAUAAUCAGCGCAUCGAAAGAGGAAGACGUCGAUGAACUUGUAACGCAAGAAAUUGAAGACUCAGACAACGCGAUAGCGGAACUGGAAAGAAUAUUACUCGAGCUCGAGGAUGAAUUAUGUAAAUUGAGACAAAGCACGCCAUUGUCAGUGUCGACAACGCAGAACGCCGCGGAUGCAAGCCUUAAUCAGAGUCAUUUGUCAACCUCCAGCGAUAUGUCAGUCGGUAAAAUCGUUCGAGCUAAGCUCCCGAAACUUGAACUCAGAAAGUUUAACGGAAAGAUUUGCGAAUGGCAGGAGUUUUGGGACAGCUUUUCAAGUUCAAUCGAUAACAAUGAGCAAUUGUCUGAUGUCGAUAAAUUUGCGUAUUUACGCGGUCUGUUGGAAGAACCAGCAAAGUCAACAAUCGCUGGGUUUUCUCUGACAGAAGCAAAUUAUAAGUCAGCAGUAGAACUCUUAAAGAAACGAUUUGAUAAAAAGAGCGCAGUCCAGCGAGCACACGUGAACGAACUGAUUCAAUUGUCGCCGGUAUUCAAGGAAAGAGACACGCGAGGACUUCGCCAUUUAUAUGAUAGCUGUGAAGCACAUAACCGCGCGUUGAAAGCACUGGGGGUGAGCGAGGAAUCUUACUCCAGUAUUGUUGUUCCAGUCAUCGUCGAGAAACUACCGGAAUCAUUUCGGUUGACGAUUACCAGAGGAACAGAUUUUCUACAAUGGUCGAUGGAAGAAAUGCUGGAUGCAUUUGUAAAAGAAUUGGAACUGAGAGAAGCACAUAAUGCCGUGGGAACGACUGCAAUAGUAAAUAUGGAACGAGAGCAACAGCGUCAGCGAAAGAACCCUUAUACUGCUGCUGCACUCUUGGCGAAUGAGAAACGAAAAAACUGUUGUGCCUUCUGUCUGAAACAACAUGCCCACGAAGACUGUCCAGGAGUAAGGGAUCCAAAAACUCGUAAGACUUUAGCACGUAAGUUUGGUAGAUGUUUUAAAUGCUUAGAUAAAGGCCAUAGGGCUAAUAAUUGUAGUGUAUCAACCAAGUGUAAGAAAUGCAAUGGCACACAUCAUGUUGCCCUGUGUGAUAAUGACAACAAAGAAACUAUGCAUGAGGAAAUAAGUAAAGAUAUAACUAAACAAGACCCUAAAAUUAAUGUAUCUAGUUCUGCCAAUUUGCAUGUAGGAAUUGGUGGCCUGGUUGCCUUGCAAACUGCGCGCGGGGUUUUAAGGGGAGAAAGGGAGGCUAAGGUCCGGGUACUGUUUGACGCGGGAAGUCAUCGCUCCUUUGUGACUUCGAAAGCAGCUAGUCUCGUUGAUCCCAAGGGUUUAAGACGGGAAUUGUUAGGCAUUAAUACGUUCGGUCAGAAAUGUACCAGGUCCGAACAAAGGGAUGUGGUCGAAUUAAAGCUUAAACCUCUGCAUGGGGAUAAGGUCAUAACUGUAGAAGCUUAUGUAGUACCAGAAAUUUCCAGUAUACAAAAUGCACACAUAGAAUUAGCACGAAAGGAUUACCAACACUUGAAGGGCACAUGGUUUUCUGAUGUUUGUAGCCAGGAAGUUUUAGAAAUAGACGUUCUCAUAGGAGCAGAUUAUCUUUGGCAGUUUCAAACAGGUGUUACCAGGCGAGGUAGACCGGAGGAUCCAGUAGCUGUUGAAACAGAGUUAGGUUGGGUUUUGUCAGGUCCUCUUAGAGCAAGGGACAUAGAAAGGGUUGGAGUAGCUCAGGUAAAUUUUGUAGCACAGAUAGGUAAUCAGGAGUGGAACAAUGAUAGUUUAGAGAGUAAUGUGCAAAGGCUUUGGAGUUUGGAAGGGUUAGGCAUAAUUGACGAGGAUAGUGUUCAUGAGGAAUUUUUAGAUGGCGUGACCUUCACAGGCAGUAGAUAUUCCGUGAAACUGCCCUGGAAGGAAGGCCAUGACAAGCUUUCAGACAAUUACGGGAAUAGUCUAGCGAGAAUGAAGAGCCAGUUAAGGCGAUUGAAGAAGGAACCUGAAUUGUUGAAAGAAUAUGAUUCAAUAAUUAGAGAGCAAGUAGAAAAGGGAAUCAUAGAGCAGGUAUCGAGUCUAGAGAAGGCAGACAAGGUGCAUUACUUACCACACCAAGCGGUCAUUCGCAAGGAUGCUGUGACCACAAAACUACGUAUUGUCUAUGAUGCAUCCUCAAAGCAGUCAAAAUCAGGAACAUCGCUUAAUGACUGUUUGCAUGUUGGACCAUCUCUCAAUCCAUUGCUGUAUAGUAUAUUAAUAAGGUUUAGAGAAAAAAGAGUAGCGUUAGUAGGCGAUAUUGAGAAAGCAUUCCUGAAUGUGGAAGUAGAUAGAGCAGAUAGAGAUAGCUUAAGGUUCCUCUGGGUGAAGAAUGUUGAGAAUGAAGACCAGGAGACACUAGUUUAUCGUUUUUGCCGAGUAGUUUUUGGGUUAAAUUCAUCACCAUUCCUGCUCAAUGCUACUUUGAGACACCAUGUCUCUACAUAUGUUGAAGAAGAUCCAGAGUUUGUACAAAAAAUGCUUGAUGGGUUUUAUGUGGAUGAUCUAGUCAGUGGUGAGGGUAGUACAGGAAAGGCAUUAGAGUUGUACAGUAAGACAAAGCGUAGGAUGGCACAGGGAGGUUUCAACAUGCGAAAGUGGUUAACAAAUAGUAGAAUGUUGAAAGAUAAGAUUGAUUUAGAAGAGAAGACCAUGGACAGGAAGAGCGAUAGAAUAGAUGAGAAUGAAUCAUAUGCAAAAUUAUCUCUAGGAAUGAAGGGAACUGAAUCAAAAUGCCAUAAGGUUUUAGGUCAAGUAUGGGAUAACAAUAAGGAUGAAUUAAAGUUUGAGGUUGCAAAGACAGGUGAAAAAGCAAGAACUCUAUCACCUACGAAAAGAAAUCUGUUAAGUGUUUUAGCUAGUCUUUUUGAUCCUAUCGGGAUAGUGAGCCCUAUAAUUGUUUAUGCCAAGAUCUUGUUUCAAGAAGUAUGCAAGGCAAAAAUUGAUUGGGAUGAGGUUUUCACUGGAGAAAUACUUAGGAAAUGGGAAGUCUGGUAUAAGGAUUUAAUAGAAGUAAAUGAAAUAAUUACUCCUCGUUGCAUAUAUGAUAACCCAGAGGAGGAGGUCUUACAGUGUACCUUGCAUGGAUUUGGUGAUGCAAGUCAGAAAUCAUAUUGUGCUGUGAUCUAUUUUGUUUACCAAACAAGUGUAGGAGUGUAUGUGCGUCUACUAACCUCUAAAGCAAGAGUAGCGCCUUUAAAACCGACAAGCAUACCCAGAUUAGAAUUGAUGUCAGCAAGACUCCUUGCCCAGCUCAUGAACUCAGUUAAAGGGGCACUUGGAACCCAAGUUAAGAUAGAUUUACCUGUUUCUGGCUUGAUAGCAUUACUGCCCUUUACUGGAUAAGGAAUAGAGGGGAAUGGAAGCAAUUUGUCCAUCAUCGAGUUAAUGAAAUUUUGAAACUCACAAACAAAGAGGAUUGGGGGCACUGUCCAGGGGUAGAAAACCCUGCAGAUAUAGGUUCAAGGGGGAUGUUAGCUUCAAAUUUGAAAGUUAGUAAACUUUGGUGGGAGGGGCCAGAUUGGCUCUCUAAGUCCAAAGAAGAAUGGCCUAAAUUUAAGUGUAAUGUGAAGAGACCUGAAGUGAUAGAGGAAGAAAGAAAACCAGUAGCAAUGUUAGUACGAGAUUUGUCAGCCGACACGUUUUUACGUUCUUUAAGAAGGUUUGCCGCUAGAAGAGGAACGCCUAGUUUGAUAGUAUCAGACAAUGCAAAGACAUUUAAGGCAUCAGAGAAAGCUCUUAGGAAACUAUAUAGUCAGCAAAAGGUUAAGUCCGAGCUACAGACGAAGCGAAUAACCUGGAGGUUCAACUUAGAGAGGGCACCCUGGUGGGGUGGAGUUUUUGAGAGGAUGGUACGAAGCGUGAAAAGGUGUCAUAGGAAGA